AAACGCUCUGCAUCUGCGGAAGUGUCAGUCUCCGUGUUUUCUGCGAUGCGUUGUGUGUGAUUGUGAAUUUAUUGCUUUGAUUGUGAUGUCGGUGCUCUACAUGGAUAAAAUAAGUCGUGUUUAUGAGCGUUAUCAGGAGUAUGUGAGGACGAACCCGGCGGCCGCGUCUCAUCUGGAGAGCACAGUGCGCGCGCUGAGUUACCUGAUCGCAGGUCGCUUCUCAGACUCUCAUGAAAUCUCAGAGUUGGUCUACUCAGCAUCUAACCUGCUAGUGCUGCUGAAUGAUGGCAUCUUAAGGAAGAAUCUUUCUCGGACGUUGACUGUGUCUCUUUCUCAACAGAAGCUGUUAACCUGGCUGUCAGUAUUGGAGUAUGUGGAGGUUUUCACUGAGAUGGGGGCCGCCAAGCUGUGGGGGGACGCUGGACGUUGGCUUGUUAUUGUUCUUAUUCAGAUUGCCAAAGCGAUUCUGCGCUGUCUCCUGCUUUUCUGGUACAAAUCAGGCAUCCAGACAUCACCCCCUAUAAUUCCUCUGGACAGGGACUCUCAGCUCUGUAGUCAAGAGAACAAUACAGAAGAAGAUGAUGAGGACACGUCUUUCGUGGGCCAGCGUUCAGGAAGAGUGGUCCGUCCACUGGGAAGCGCACCAUCAUUACAGUCUCGUCUUUGGGGUCUCCCUCAGAAAAUGAAAAUGAGUAGGAAUCAGGAAGAGGAUCUCCACUCAAGCCCGACCCCUCUGGGUCUGCAGGAAACCAUUGCAGAGUCCCUGUACAUCGCACGACCGCUUGUUCAUUUGGCCAGUCUUGGGAUUUGCGGAAAACGUUCCUGGAAGCCUUGGAUCAUCUCUGGUCUCUUAGAGAUAACCAGUUUCAGUUUGUUGAGUGACAUGAAGGCGCUGAACCGCAGAGAGCGCGCUGAGAUGAGGAGACGGGCCUUCCUUCUGCUCUACUACCUGCUCCGCUCACCCUUCUAUGACCGAUACUCUGAGACGAAGAUUCUCUUCCUCCUUCGCUUCUUGGCAGAUUAUGUUCCCGGAGUUGGUUUGGUUGCACGUCCGCUGACGGAGUACUUGCCCAUUUGGCAGAAGAUCUACUUCUAUAACUGGGGCUGACGUCAAAGUGAAUCUUUCACAGGUCUGCGCCGCCAAAAUGUUUGUAGAGAAUGAGAGGAAGCCAUUUAGAGGAUGCUACAGCGACACAAGGACUCAAUCACACCUGUGCCAGAACAUUACCACAUUUAUUGAGUCAGU